AUGAAGGGACCAGGGGAAGGGGAUGAUGCUCACGAUCUCCGCUCCGCUGUCGGAGCUUCCAGGGACUUGUCCAGCCUGGAGGAUGACGGUAAGUCUGCUUCUCCGGGUGGCGACAUGGAUUCUUCGGUGCCAAUGUGUUCGCCGAAUGUUCCGGUGCCACGGUUCAGUCCCACAUUUUUUGAUCGCCACCCCCUGGUCUGUGAUGCGUUGAAAGCGUUGGAGAAUUCUAUAAUUUACUUCCGAGGGAAAAUGGUGGGCAUCCCUGCUGCAUUGGAUCAUUCAUCAGGCGCACUUAACUACGACCAGGUGCUCUAUCGUGUGUGCUCGGCAUUUUCGCUGUCUUAUUUUUCUUUGUGGAAAUCUUGUUAGUUGAACCUUCUUGCUUAUCAAUUGGGAACAUACUUGCCGGUAUUUUUGACGCAUGACCUUCUCGCUAAUGUAUCACCAAACUCUUUCGUCCAUGCAAGUAUCAAAUGUCACAUAGACUAUGGAUUCCGUGAACUCAGAAGACACGAUAGGGAAUUUUUUUUCCGAAUUCUUGAUCAACUUGAUGAUUUGGAAAAGAUUGCCAAUGGGUCCAGAACGACAUGAUCUAGAUUCACAGUUAAUCUAAGUUACUAAUAAUAGGUGCCUAUGCUUUUCCCAGUAUUCGUUAAUCCUCUGCUGGACCUCAAUAGUUGGUAGUCUUAUUCCUUACCAAUCACCAUAAUUCUCUGUUGUUCGAGCUAAAAGUUAGUUUGCAUCAUCGCUUUUACUUCAGUUGGUGUUCAAACAAGUUUUCCACUUUACUUUUUGGCAUCUCCGUCUUUCUGCCCCACAAUGUCCUAAAUAGAUUCAAUCAUACACAUUUUGAGUAAAAGAACUACAGUGUUGGAAUCUUGGAUAUUACUGUGCACGUGUCCAUCUUGGAUAUACAAACGUAGCUUCCACCUUUCUCUUCUUCUGUGCCUGUCCAAACGCUGAAUCACAUACUUUUCGAUAUUUUUAAUAAUAAGGAAAGCAUUUGGGGCUAUUUAUUAGUAAACAUAUCAUAUGAAUAUUCAUCCUUUAAUGGGACCCAUAUUUGGAUUCUAAUCAGUCAUGCCAUAAUGCCGUGUAACCGAGUUUUGACUCACAUAAUAUUUACAUUUUGUAUAGGUCUUUGUCAGGGACUUUUUUCCAAGCGCUUUGGCAUUCUUGAUGACAGAAAAACCUGAAAUAGUAAAAAAAAUUCUUUUGAGAACCUUUCGACUUCAAGCGUCAGAAAAGAGAGUGGAUUGCUUCACUCUUGGUCAAUGUGUUAUGCCAGCAAGUUUCAAGGUGUUGCACAAUCCUGUAACAGGCUCUGAGAAAUUGAGUACAGAUUUUGGUGGAUCUGCUAUUGGUAGGGUCGUUCCAAUAGAUUUUAGCUUCUGGUGGAUCAUUUUACUGCGCGCUUACACCAAGGCAAUUGGGAAUUGUGAUCUUUCACAGAGAGAGGAUUGCCAGAGAGGAAUGAAGUUGAUAUUGAGCCUCUGUCUUUCUGAGGGUUUUGAUACCUUUCCAACACUUUUGUGUGCAAAUGGUUGCUGCAUGAUUGAUCGCAGAAUGGUGAAAUUCUAUUCUAAGUCACGAUCUGAAAAAUCAAAUCUCAUUUGAUAUCUCGUAAACGCUGUUUUGGUUUGCGUCUUUUAACGGACAAGUUGUUGACGGCGAAUAUUAGUAGUUGAUGGACGCUUUUUUCCCGUUUUCGGCGACGAGUAGUAUAUGCAUAUCUCAUUAUAUAUUCACAUGAGCAUAUGGCGGAUGAUUGAAUUAUUUUCCCGUUUUCGACAAGCUUGUAACCAAUUGGGCUUUCCGUGCUUUCUUUUGGUGUCAUGUUGCUGGUCAUGAACAUUCAAAAUCCAUGGACUCUCUAUUGGGUAUCAAUAAACCAUGCUUGUGGAGAUCAAUAAUCCAGUGUUGCCUGGUUUAAAUGUUAUUGCAGAUCCAAUCACAUAGGUAUUAAUAUUUGACUCUCCUUUGAUUUUUGAACACUUCUUAAAUUCCUCAUCGUAACUCUUUAAAAAUUAAUGAGCUGACAUCUCUUCAGGUGAGAAAUUCACAAAUCUGUACUUAAAUUUCAUAAUUUUUUAAUUCGUUUUUUUACCCUGCGUAUUAAAAAUAACAUUCUUGUCUAAUGCCACCUAACAUCUUGUUUCAGGGAACAUAUGGUUACCCCAUUGAAAUUCAAGCUUUAUUUUUCAUGGCAUUGAAAUGCGCUCGUGACCUCCUCAAGGCCGAUGGAGACUGGAAGAUUUACAUUGCACUGAUCGAAAAAAGAUUGCCCGCUCUUACCUACCAUAUGCGGAGUCAUUUCUGGCUCAACCACGAGCAACUUAACGACAUCUACCGAUUUAAGACGGAGGAAUAUUUGUAUACUGUAGUCAACAAAUUCAACGUCAUCCCUGAAUCAAUCCCAGACUGGCUAUUUGAUUUCAUGCCCAGGAAAGGCGGCUACUUCAUAGGAAAUGUCAGCCCCGGCAGAAUGGACUUCCGAUGGUUUGCAGCCGGCAACUGUAUUUCCAUCUUAUCAUCACUGACCACUCGAGAACGGUCUCUGGCCAUCAUGGAUCUUAUCGAAGAGAAGUGGCAAGAUCUAGUGGGAGAGAUGCCCAUGAAAGCAGUUUUCCCUGCUCUAGAGUCUCACGAAUGGAGGAUAGUGACUGGCUGUGACCCUAAGAAUAACCCAUGGAGCUACCACAAUGGUGGUUCUUGGCCAGGUGAAGACCAACCAGUCCAUCUCCGUUAUUCUCUUCAAUGUCCUGGCAUAAUUCUAACUAAAAUUCUGUGGCUGUCUGUGCAGUUCUUCUGUGGCUACUCACGGCGGCUUCCGUCAAGACUGGGAGACCUCGGAUGGUUAAGAUUGCCCUCGAGCUGGCAGAGCGCCGGAUGGGGAAAGACGAAUGGCCGGAGUACUAUGAUGGGAGGGACGGGUGCUACAUAGGGAAGCAAUCACGGAAGAUGCAGACCUGGUCGAUGUCCGGCUACGUGGUAGCGAGGAUGAUUGCAGAAGACCCUUCUCUCCUUGGGCUCAUCUCUCUUGAUGAGGGCAAGGAUAUGAAUCCCACGCUGUCCCGAGCGACGUCCCUACCUUCCAGGUUAUUUCCCGACCCUCCACGUUACACCCCUGCGGAUAACCCUACUUCUCUUACUUCCAUUUGCGCUUCAAUGGUGAGGAAGAGGUUCCGUCCAUUUUUGGCCCUCUUUCGAAUGAGGAAACAUUUCAGAUGCCUUACAAGAGUCAACCUACUCGGUAUUCGAUUAUUCUUCACAACAAUAAAAUGUACCUCAACGGGCUACUCUCUUUCCUUCUCCCCCCGGUUUUGA